UUGCUAAGGACUCCUGGCUCCAUAGCAACAGCAGGAGAUUAGUGUGACACCAUCAACAGGCAGCAAGCCGACACAUCCAGCCUACUGCAAGUUUAGAUGAUGACUGGAAAACAAGGGUUUCAGUCCAGCUUCGGUCCAUCAGACAGAAUCUCGGAGCUGGCGCUGCACAAAACCUCAAAAACAGUUUCGACCACGGCUCCUUGUGAGAGGCUGGUCUGGGGCAACCAGGAGCCAAUAUGGUCUCCCUCUGCUUCAGCGCUCGGAGCCGUUCCAAGUGCAAGAAUCCAAUACCUAGCCAAGCACAAAAGAGACUUCUCAGCAUGGGAGGACCACCGGAGGAAGGAGGAGGAGGAGGCGGCGAAGACCCAACGUACUUCCUCCAUGGCAUCCCAGUACAAGCACAUUGUCCGCUUGUCAACACCCUUACCCAGGCGCUGCGGCUCCCGGGAAAUGAGGCCUCCUCACACCCCUCAGUGUGAGAAGAACUGUCCUAUCUGGCACGUCGAUCUCAGCAUGAGGACUGUUGUGAUCACACCGCGACUGCUGCAGCUCUCCAACCCCAAACAGGACCAUCCUGACUUCCAAAGAGACAGAGAGAGUGUUGAGUCCAUCAUUUCCUUCGCUUCCAAGACGGCUCGAAUCUCUCAGCGAGUGGUCCAGCUGUCACGGCCCCGACUGAAGCAGGGCAUCAUCUGCAACGAGCUCGGCACUGUUUCUAAGGCAGCGAGGGAAGCCACAGCGAGUGCUCGUGUUGAAAUGCUGGCGACACCAAAGCCACUUUCCAAGGACUACAUCCCUCUUCGAGUACCAGGGUGGAGCUGAAACAACGUCUUGUCCUGCUGAGCUUCCCUCAACAUCGCAACCAAGCUGGGGUUGAUUGGGAUCCCUGAUGAUCCUGUUGGACUUCAUCCUACACCGUUGGGUGUAGAGGUCCUCCAAGAAUGGCAGCUCCGUCCGGAUGAUGUGAGGGCGGUGAUGCAGCCGGUCAGGAUACCCUCGAUGGUGCACGUGCAGAAGUGUCCUGGAAUCCAUGUUGAUCCUGCUCAACCUGCGAGGAAGAAGAGCCGUUGUCUCGCUGUCUUGGUGAUGAUGUCUCUGCGCUUCAGGAGGAUCAACACGGACACUUCUGCAAGUGCACCAUCGAGGUUAUUCUGACAUCCUCACAUCACCCGUGCGGAACUGCCAUUCUUGGAGGACCUCUACACCCAACGGUGUAGGAAGAAGGCCAACAGGAUCAUCAGGGACCCCAAUCACCCCAGCCUAUGCCAAAAAGAAGUAAAGGGAGCCUGAGA